UGCCAUUGGCCCAGACGAGGACGUGCGUCCGUGCACGCACAGUGCUCUUCUAAUUCUCAGAACACCAGCGAACUUUCUCCUCCGAUCAACGACAACAACAAUGGCGCCCCGUUCCUACUCGAAGACGUACAGCGUCCCCCGUCGUCCUUUCGAGUCCGCUCGUCUGGACACUGAGCUCAAGCUCGUCGGCGAGUUUGGACUUCGCAACAAGCGCGAAGUGUGGCGCGUCCAGCUCACUCUCUCCAAGAUCCGUCGUGCUGCCCGUUCGCUCCUCACUCUCGAUGAGAAGGACCCCAAGCGCCUCUUCGAGGGUAACGCCCUCAUCCGCCGUCUCGUCCGUGUCGGUGUCCUCGACGAGUCGCGCAUGAAGCUCGAUUACGUCCUGGCCCUGAAGAUCGAGGACUUCUUGGAGCGCCGUCUCCAGACCUGCGUGUACAAGCUCGGCCUCGCCAAGUCCAUCCACCACGCCCGUGUCCUGAUCCGCCAGCGCCACAUCCGCGUCGGCAAGCAGAUCGUCAACGUCCCCUCGUUCAUGGUCCGCCUCGACUCCCAGAAGCACAUUGACUUCGCGCUCACCUCGCCCUUCGGCGGCGGCCGCCCCGGUCGCGUGAGGAGGAAGAAGGCCGCCGCUGCCAACAAGGGUGGUGACGACGCCGCCGAGGAGGACGAGGAGUAAAUCCCCUCAGGCAUGAUUAUGGGUGACCGGCGUUGGGCAUGACGGGAUGACAUUUCGGGCACGUGUGCUGUCUACGACUUUAGUAUAUCCCGCACGGUUUCGGCUGGCGGAAGGCCUGCAAGCAGCAUGUAGCCUAUCUGCCCAAAAAUUUCAAGCUGCCAUCAUCCGUUCUUCGUACUGGUGACCGUGGAUGAAUUGUUGCUGUGAGGGGACGCCGUCAAUUGAUCGGCACGAGCCCUGUUAGUGUAUUCACGCUGUGGUAUGUUUUAAGUACCCACAGAUUGCAGAUCUAUAAGCAUCACCAGUCUGCAGUUCGACUUAGUCACUCUCAUCUACUUCCUUCAAGCACUAGCCCACUCUA